CUCUAUUCUUGCGCACCAUCACAACCACCUUGCUCGUCGUCGGCGGGCCGAGUGGACACCAGACAAGAAAGUGCAGGAGGCCCUAACCUCAUCAUAUUUGUCACUUCGAUCCUCGCUCUUGUUCUUACUCAUCCCCCCUACCGCCAUGCGUCAACCACGCCGCGUCCCGUGGUCUUCCAAGGCCGAGUUGGCCGAGCUAUAUGACCUCCUUUUCUCGCCAGCCGCAAAUGAUGAGAGUCGCGCUGCAGGUCUGUCGAGGAUGAGCGUCUACAUCUCCUCUCCUUCCUGCCCAGCUUUUAUGCACAUUCUACACGCUCUUGUUUCCGCCCUUUCGCUGCCCUAUCCCCCACCUCUGUCCCAAUCGCACUCCCAACGCAUGGUGUACGCGUUGGCCCUCAUCCGUUUCGUUAAUGGCAUGGUAGACCCCCUUCAAACAGGCGGGUUCGCGCGCCCAAUUUCCCACCUGGCCGCGGAGCUUAACCUGCCGCCCGGUCUCGUAUCGCUCCGCCAUCGCGCGACGCACGAAGAUCUUCCGCCCCUCACGCAUCUCCACCGUGCCCUCCAAGAUGCUCUGGCGUACCUGCACACGUACUCGUUCGUGCCGAUUCUCAACCACGGCGCAGAGGCGGGCUGGGGGCGGCGCGAGCGAUCCGAAGCGUUGGUGGGACGGUGGAAGAAGGUCAUGAAGGAGCGGGUGCGCACGCGCGAUGUGACCGUCGAAAGCGCGAGUGGGCGGGCAAUCAAACGCCUGCGGCGCGAGUUUGAGGGCGAGGACCUCGAGGAUGCCGUCGAAGCAAUUGUGCGGACCGGUCUGGUGCCAGUUGCUCGCAAGAAGCGUCCUGGAAAGAAGGCUACCGCGCCGCCUGCUGAUGCGCUCCUCGUGUGGACGCCGCUUCUAAGCCACCUCAUGAGCCUGCACGAAAGCACUCCCUCUGUCCUGGCCGAGACCCUGGCGACGGCUCUCCUGGAGACCGCGCCGCGGCACCGGCAGUUGAACGAAGCCGAGACCAAGGAGCUUGCGUCGUACCGCUGGACUCUGGGGACGUGGCUGUUUCACUUCUGGAAGGGUGGCGACCUCGGCGUGCCAGAAGACGCCAAGCGCGACAUCCUCGCUCGCCUCGCGCGUGAGCUUGUGCACGGCGACGAUGUACUGAAGCGCGUGUAUGGCGCCCUCGACGGCGCUGGGUUGGCCGAGCUCCAAGCUCUGCUCCCAGAGCAAGAGGAGGAGGGGCUCGAGGGGCUCGAUGUCGACGAUGACGUAAACCCUGACGUCGCGCUCGAGAGGAUGCAGGCCAAUCUCGACGCGCUUGAAGACAAGCUUCGGCACAAGGUCGAGUCUCGCGAGGAGAUUGCGGGCGGGGAGGAGAUCCCGGGAUGGCACAAGGCCGAGGACUGGCGCCCAUGCCCAAUUGGGAUGUGGGCAUGAUCUUCGAGUAUCCAUAUGGCACUUCUGCAUGCGAUGUAUUCUAUGUUGGCUCAUCUAUAUCUACAAACAUGUACUGCCAGCGCUCUUGG